AUUAUGAACCGUUCGCUCACGCAUCAGCCUGCAACCAAUGUCUGAUCCAACGAUCAAAGGUCUAGGGCCAGCUCCCACAUCUUACGAUGGAAGUCCAUUCAGAAUAGCGAUAGUCCACGCCAGAUGGAACGACACGGUGAUUCAGGCUCUCGUCCAAGGAUGUAUCGCCAAACUCAAGUCCAUCGGUGUCAAAGAUUCCAACAUCGUUGUCAAGAGUGUGCCAGGGUCAUACGAGCUCCCUUUUGCAUGUCAGAGACUCAUCGAAGGCGGCAAGACGCAAUCCGCUAAAUCUGCUUCUUCGAUGCUCUCUUCAACGACCAACCUUCUCUCACUCAUCGAUUCCGUCGGAAGUUCUACACCCAAAGAUGCGACAUCUCCCACACAGACGAAAGAGUCUCAAACUUCGGCUGGUCCUUCGACAGCACCUUUCUCCGCUAUCAUCGCUAUCGGGUGUCUGCUCAAAGGCUCGACCAUGCAUUUCGAAUACAUCUGUGACGCCGUGACGCAUGGGUUGAUGAGAGUCCAACUGGACUCGGGUACACCGGUCAUCUUUGGCGUCUUGACGUGUAUGACUGAAGACCAAGCUCUGGAGCGCGCAGGAAUAGGGAGAAAAGGCGACAAGGGGCAUAACCACGGAGAAGACUGGGCUCUGGCAGCUGUCGAGGCAUCGGCUCAAGUGGCAGACUGGUCGAAGGGACAACUGUAGUCCUUUCCCUUAAAAGGCAUAACGGCAUCGCAUCAUUCAUGUAGUCAUAGAUACAA